AUGCUACCAUACUCCCCCCUUUUUGUAGUCUUGAUCUGUCACGUGGAACAUUGAGCCAAGACGAUGAGCAGCAAACAUGCCGCCACAGUCUUGGGUCCCAAACCCACAAAGGCUUGCGUCAAUUGUCGCCGGCAGAAGAUGAAAUGUGAGGUUGAUCCGGACCGAAGCGCUUCAUGCCGAAGAUGUCGAUUGAACAACACGCCAUGCAUAUUCAAACCUCGGGCGAAUGCCGCUGUUGUUCAAGAACCUUCUAGCCCUCGGCCGACAUCCGAGAGUUCUGGGAGGCGGAUUGCUGCCCAGCCAUCACUCGAUCCUCAAACCGUGCUCAGCAGAUUAGAGAAAAUCGAAGCUCUACUCGGUAUUGCUUCACCUGGGCAGCAACAUGUUGACGAUGACGUUACCCUUCGCUCUGCUGAAGUGGACUCUCCUUUUCAUGGAGUUUGGACAGCUGCAACAUACCUGAAAGAGGCAACGAGGCCUCCUCAACCCUCCAAUAUAUGGGAACGUGGGGUAAUCCAACAGCUCUGGCUUUCGUUUCACAAAAAUAUGCCGGGUCUUCACUUCCUAUCAAAGAAGAAAACAUCGUCCACCCCCACGCCCCUUCUCCUUGCAGCUAUACUCUACGUUUCUGCUCUCCAUCACUCCUCGCCCGAGUUUGCGGCCCUCGCGCCUGCCUACUUUGUUGCUACCUGCAACGCAAUUUCGGAGUUGGCAGUCCCAGUUCAAGCAGCUCAACGGACUGAGUCGGGCACCAUCAUCACCGAGAAUGCAAAGCUGAGCGAGGAGCAGAAAGCUUUCCAAAAUGUUCUCGGUCUGAUCCUUGCUGGGCUGAUCUCAGAAGCUUUUAUUGAGACCACGGGGCUCUGGAUAUCGAUGGGAUACCGCCUCACACUUGAUUUCUGUCCAGUUCACAUCGAUGAGAGAUCUCAUGAAUGGCAAGGACUGUUUUCUGGGCUGCAAAUCAUUGACCUCGAGCAUGCUUCCCUCCAUAUGUCAUGUCCAAUUGUGCCCAAAGAAGCGCCCCUCCCUUCCCUGCGGCAGCUGCAGACCUCCGCAAAAGAUCCCUUUUACAGUCUCACGCAGAUGAUGCACUUCGGACUAAGCCAUUUCACGGGGCGUGGCCUCCCCACCAUCUGGGCGUUCAUCUCCUCGAAUCAAGUUCCAACCUCUCCUCGGCCACCUUCCGUCUUCACCGAAGCAGACGGGAAAGUAAUCCGGGAAUGGGCAAGACAGCUGGAUGAUUGGCUUGUAUUAUGGAACAAGCCCAAUGACCCUGAACACGACAGUCUGAUGAUCUUUCGGCAAUACAGCCUCCACCGACUAUUCGUCCUUUCAAUCUACCACCCCGCUCGAGGCUUCGACCUCUUUUCCAACAAUGUAGCUUCGAUGGAGCGUCAUGAACUCCUGGUCUCUGCCCGAGCAACAUUGAAACUUCAAAACGAAGACAAGGGAAUCUGGUCAAAUUGGGAUCUUGUAUUAACAGAACAGAUGAUAACCUGGGCCGCUCUUCUCGUCUUGCAAGGAGUCGAAGGUGGCAUCUCCGAGCCAGACGAUUUCAUCCAAAUCCAAUCUCAUCUAAACAUGCUAACCCUAACCCACCAACCCUCUCCCUCCCUCCGUCACCGACUGGCCUCCCGUCUCGAAUCCGCAUUGCAAAACAUGCAUACGCCUCGUCCAGCACCAGACCCAGAUCCAAUGCUCGGCAUCAAUGCUGAGAGCUUCGACAACGAGUGGGCGAUCUUUGAUCGUGAGAGUCUAGGCUUUGCCAACCAGACUCAACUCCACUCGGUGAAUCCCGUUCAUCAACAGGGUGAGAGAAGUGAAGGUUCGAGAGUGAACCCGAUGGGUGGGAUGCAGAGUGUCUUCGAUUCGAGAGAGACAGGGAGUGGAGCUGGGUAUAUGGUGGAUGACGAUGCUGAUGAUGGUGGCUGGUUGUCUACAGAACAGUACAGUGAUGCAUGGCAGUCGACUCUCUUCCGCUUGUUUGGGAACACGGAAUUUCCUAUGGCGGAUAAUGGACUUGUAUAGCCUUUCGAGGGGUCUUUGGAAGCGAUGGUCAUUGCUCAGCUGAGAUGUUGUACGUUGUGUAUAAAGAGGUGUAUUUCUAAUAUCUAUGAUUGUUCUAGCAUUAUUGGACUUUCUCAACAAGGAUCUCGCUCAAUGUACACCUUUAUCCUCCACAAUUCUAUCUAGACUCGAAC